AUGGCUUCUGAAGAACAGACCAUCGUUCUCAUCACCGGCGCAAACGGAGGGAUCGGAUUCGAGCUCGCCGCCCAACUCUUGCGCGAUAACAAGUACUAUAUCCUGCUCGGUAGCCGUUCCAUUGAAAAAGGCGAAGCCGCUGUGAAGCUUUUACAGGAAAGAGAGCUGCCUGGCAAGGCCGAGUUGUUGCAGAUAGACGUCAAUGACGAGAACAGCAUCAGUGAUGCUGGGAAGAUGGUAGAAGAGAAACACGGUCGCCUUGAUGCCUUGAUCAACAACGCCGCAAUAACUGGUGAACCACCCACUUCAGCUUCUCUGUCCACACGUAUGGCAGCCGCCUUCCUGACCAAUGUGACUGGUCCCGUCAUCAUCGUCGAGACUUUCGCGACGUUGCUCGAGAGGAGCGAAAAGAUGGGUAGGACGCCACGAAUUAUCAACGUGACAAGUGGAGCUGGCAGUAUUUGGUUAAGAGUUGACAGGACCAAUCCGCAUCAGGAGAUGAAAGUCGUGCCAUACCGCACUUCCAAAGCGGCUUUGAACAUGCUUACUGCGUGUCAAGACUAUGAGUAUGGGCCCAAGGGAUGGAAGGUGUUUUGUUUCUGCCCUGGAUUCACCGAGAGUAAUUUAGGACCAAUGAAUAAAGUAGAGCAUGAGGCGAAGCCUACGAGGGAGGGUGCGAAGCCCAUGAUUGCUAUCCUGGAGGCGAGAAGGGAUGAGGAGCAUGGGGGCUACUUGAAGGCAGAGGGGUGCUGGCCUUGGUAG